AAAAGAAAUUGCAAGCUUUUUUCUUUCUUUUUCUUUUUUCCAGGCCUUGUUUGUGGCUUUUCAGAAUUUCAAAGGGAUUUACGUAGAACCAGGUUCAUCUGAACGGGAACAAAAUAAGCAGAUGCAUGCUUUAAUGGAAGCCCCUUCAACCAAAUGGUCAUCUGAACUGGAAAUGGAAGAAAUGAAUUGUCUGGACUACUAUUGCCUUGAUGAUGAGCUAAGUUUCGAGUCUUUAUACACUGAAAGCUACUUAUCUCACCCAAAUUCCAAUCCCAAAAGCUCACAAUGCUUUACCACUUAUACACCAAUGCAAUCUCCUCAUGGGCCUCAGACAGUCAUUGAAAGACCUGCCAAACAGCUCAAGAUCACCCUGGAUUCUUCGUCUUCCUCUCACAUAAUUUCCUUCCAGAGUUCGAACGAGAGUACUGUGAAGCCCAAGGAGUCGGUGGGAUACAAUUCCAAUGGAAAUGGAAAUAUGGAUUUUCCAUCAUUGAUUUCUUAUCAAGAUUCUUACAAGCAGAUGCAAAAUCUUUCGACAAAUUAUGGGCAGGGAGUCAAGAGACCGGUUAAUGAUAGUGCUAUGAGACUUAGUAGGACUCCUUCACUUGCUAAAGACCAUGUAAUAGCUGAGAGAAAACGCCGAGAGAAGCUCACUCAGCGGUUCAUUGCUCUUUCAGCUAUUCUACCUGGUCUGAAGAAGAUGGACAAGGCUUCUGUGCUUGGAGAUGCCUUAAAGUAUGUAAAACAGCUUCAAGAACGUUUGAAGAUGCUGGAAGAACAGGCAACAAAGAAAACAGUACAAUCGGUGGUUCUGGUGAAGAGAUUUCAUGUUUCUGAUGAAGGUGACAUCUCUUCGUCGGAUCAUAAUCAUAACGAAGUUGUCAAUAGCUGCUAUGAUCAGCUACUCCCUGAAGUUGAAGCAAGAGUUUUGGGCAAGGAUGUUCUUAUACGAAUUCACAGCGAGAAAUUAGACCAAGGAUGUUUGGUGGAGAUACUAAACGAAAUUGAGAAGCUUUACCUCACAAUUGUCAAUAGCAGUGUGUUACAAUUUGCCAAUUCUACACAUAUAACUAUAGUAGCUCAAAUGGAAAUUGAAUUCUGCAUGAAAGCGAAGGAGCUCGCAAGAAACUUAAGACAUGCUUUCCUCAACUUCAUUUGACACCCAAAUUACAUAUAGUACCGAAGAACUUCUAUAUGUGCUUUCCGUCGAUAUAUUUCUAUGCCAUACACAGCUUGUACUAGGACUAGGAAUCAUUAUUAAUUGCUGUCUUUGGGGCUCUUUUUUCUUCCAUAGUUGAGCGUCUAAAACAAGAAAAAUUAUUCAGGAGGCUACUGAACCACCCGAAGCAGCCGUCGCUUGGUAAUUCUUCAAGUUGUAGUACAAGUUAUUGCUAAAUUCUGUUUUGUGUACGUAAAUCUGUAUGAAAUAUAAUCCGUACGUAGUAAUUUGUAUUAAUAAGAAUGAUUAGACAUUUGUUUUUCUCUUUC